GACCUGUAAGCAGUUAGUCUCUGAGUUUUGGGGAAAGUUUAAUGUGUCUUUCUGAGCUCAGUUUUCCCACCUGCAAACCUGGUGUCUCUUUAGCUUUUCAGGGCUGCUUUAGGCCUUAGUUUUAUUUUAGGCAUUUUGAGGUCCUUAGGCUGCUUUUAACAGCACAGUGAAUUUAUUUCCUUUUAAAAAAAGAAAAAGAAAAACAUACCAUAGAAGCUAAAAAUAGGAGAUAAAGAGUUUUUAUCUAACCACAACUUUGUGCAUUGCAUAGAAAAAGCUUCCAACAGGACAUGAUGAUGAAGCGGUUCAUGGCCAUGUUAAAGAAGAAUGAAAAUGAGCAUCCCCCACCCACCAAACUGCUGAAUCUAGCAGGACAGCUUUGCCGGGAGCUCCAGAGCUCUUCUCCUGGUCUGGAGAAGCUGGUUGAAGCCAUGAUGGAAUGCAAGAACAAGAGAGAUUUUCUUACUAACAUCCAUGUUGUCCGAGCUUGUGUGUCCGUUCAUAUCCAUAGAGGGCAACAUGAUGCAGCCUGCAGACUCCUGGAGUAUUGCGAGGCAGAAGAGAAGGAAGAACUGGUGCAACUCUGGCAUGAGAUUCACUACCGGAGGGUUAUGGAGAAACAGCAGACAGAUGCUCUGACACCACUGCAGAAAUUCCGUUGCAGGAAGAGGAAUCCUCCACCUAUUUCCCUUUGUCCUGAAGGUUUGAAGAAUCGAAACUAUUCAGAAGAAGUACGCCAGCACCUGUACAGGUUUGCUGCAGAGGUGACAGCAAAUCCAGACAAGAAACAGCGGGAGGGAUUGGCUCGGGCCAUGAACCUGCAGCCAACUCAGGUCUAUAAUUGGUUUGCAAAUUAUCGACGACGUCAAAAAUCCCGCCUCCUUCAUACGGAAGAGCUCAACAAUUCGUGUCCUGAGAGGGCUUUGGCUUCCCACAGAAAUGAACCACAGGAUAAAGGAUCCAACACUCCACAAACUGCAGGUGGAUCUCAUGUGGGCACCAGCCCUGAACAAAUAGAGAUAAACCACAUGCCCUGUGAGCCAGGAGGGGAACAGACAGCUGCACCUCUGUAUAAUCCUCCUGAAGGAACAUAUUUAAAGAUGCUGCAAUCCAGCUGUAUGCAGAGCCCUGAGCUGUAUGAAGCUGGAACAAGCAUGGCUUUGUUCACCACUCACAGCUCUGAACAACCUGUACCUUCUGGCACUGAGGCUGUGAUGGAACCAGGAACCUGCUUUGGCUCUCCUGUGCUGCUGCCUGGAGAAGCAGUGAGCAGGGCUGCUGCCAGCCCCUGGCAGGAGAGCUUUGUCCUGCACUCUUACGAGUCCUUUCCCUCUGUGAAUUAUUGGAUGCCCAUGUGGUGGGCCCCUUACAGCAUGGGAGGAGUCUCUGGCUCUGUGUGGACCCCAGGUGUAGAAGUUCCUCUCAGACUGUGUUUGGCAAUCCUCAGUGCCCACCUGAUUCUGCACCCUGUGUGGAAGAAAACCAAGCCCUGGGAAAAAGCCAGGUCCUCGAGGAUCCAGUUGUUGACUCACUGACCAACGACAUGUUCCAGGCAGCAUGCCUGCUCUGUGAAUUUUCUGACAGUGGACGGAUGUGACCUGCCUGCAGAUUCACUCCAUGUGCCUGCAGUUCCUCAGGAAAUACCCCACUGCUUCCUUUUUUCCCCUUUUUUUUUAAUAGAAGGGGAAUUUGACAGGGAGAGGAAUAGAGUAAGGGAGAAGGAAGGAUGGAUGUGUGUUGAAUGGUUACAAAGUUUGGUUUAGUUACAGUUCUAGUAAGAAUUUUGCAAAGGAUAGAAGAAAGCAAAGGUGCACUGUGGACUGCAGUUUUUUCCUGGAGCUGUCUGAAGCUGCACUGUAAAUGUUAAAAUUAUCAAGGCACUGGUUCUGUGGCAGUAACAUAGAUCUAAUCAUAGCACUGACCAGAUCCGAGUCCUUGGUUGCAUCAUGAAGGUAAAUGAAACUCCUGUGCUCAAAGGAGUAAAAUUUGGUUACAUUGCCUUGCAGUGGAUAUUGGAUAACCUUUUCUCAAGCUUGGAAAAUAAGGUCUCAGUAAGUGCUGGUAAAAUACUGCUGUUUCUUAUCCCUGCCUUGCUGUUGUACUGCAGGGUGUAACUUCUGGAGUGUUCCAUACUCCGUAGUGCCACAGGUGACACAAACUGGAGCACAGCAGAAUGUUCAGUGCUAGGCCAUGCCAUUGAAUUGGUGUUUAAUAAGUAGCAAGGCAGGCCCUUCAUGCAGGUUUAAACCAAUCCUGCAAGUUAUAGGGUGGGGUUUUGGGUAUUUUUCUGAAGUGUUACUGUUUUUUAAAAAAUCUGUAUUGCAAAAUGCAUCCCCAUUGCCAAACCUCCAGGAUAUACAGGAGGAAGAUGCCUCCCUUACCUUUUGUUACAAAGUUUUCAAGUAAAGAUUUUCACUUACUGUUUCUCCAGAGUUCAUUUCUUUCAAGGUAAGGAUGUGAAGUGAUAACUUUCACAUGGCAAUUAUGUAUUAAAAGGCAGGACCGGCUGCCCUGGGAACACUUGCGGGUGCUGAGAUCCUGAAGCCUCCAUUAUUUUGGUGGAUCUCACUAGGAAUAAUAACCCCUUUCUUGUUUGUGUUGGAACAGCGGUGCUUGGAAAGGUCACACACGUUGUCGUUUAUUGCCGUCAACAGCGGGGCCGUGAGUGAACCGGCCAUUUCUACAGGGAGCAAAGCUGCCGGGCUCGUAGGGCCGCACGAACACCGUGAGGGACGAGCCCGCCCUGCCCUCACAGCCGCGGCCACCGCCCGCCCGCUCCCCUCCGCUCGGGGCUGUUCCCGCCGCCGACACCGCCUCCCCAUUGGCCCUCGGGCCGCCCGCCGCCGCCUUCCCAUUGGUCCGCGGCCGUUGGCAACAGCGACAGAUAUAUCCUGCCGCGCCCUGAUUGGCUGUCGCCUCCCGCCGAGCCAUAGCAACAGCGGGGCGCGCGGGGCGGGGGCGCUGAGGCGGCGGGAGCCCUGAGGGGCGGGCGGUGCGCGGGGCUGUGAGGGGCGGCCGGGGCUGUGAGGGGCCGCCGCGGCCGCGCCCGGGGAGAGCCCGGUCUCUGGGCGCUGUCACCGUCCCUUCUGCGGCCCGCGGUGCAACGGAGACGCGACACGGUCAGGAGCCAGCCAGCGACGCUGCUCCGUACAGAGGCAGCAGCCCCCAUAGCAAAAUUGCCACUGGAUCUUGCUGGGCUGCUGUGUGAGAUCCCAAAUAAGGGACCGGCUUGACUCCUUUGAGGUGGUGUGAGAGUACCGAGGGUGGUGGAGAGCACGGGGAGGAGUGCGAGCAGCCUGGUCCCCGCUUCCCGGCCGUGCCACGGACUUGCUUUCCUUCCCUUGGGCGGUGAGCUCAAAUUGCCCAGGUGCUCUGUGCUGAGCUGUCUGCAGCAGGAAAAUGCAGCACUCCCAGCGCGCACGCGCGGCCCGCGGCCGGCGCCCCGCGAUGGCUAUUUAUAGCAAGUGACGUCACCUAGAAAUAGAGCGCGGGGGAGCGGCGCCCCCUCCCCUCCCCUGCAGCACCGCGGCUCCGCCCCCUCGUUGCCUUCCCGGCGCGCAGGCGCGGGCGGCGGCAGCAGCGCGAGGCUCCGAGCCGCACACGCCGCGGUCGGUCCGGGAGCGCGGCCGGCGGGCGAGGCAGCGGCGGCCAGCAGAGCCCAGCCCGGCACGGCACAGCCCAGCCCGGCACCGCACAGCUCAGCCCAGCCCAGCCCGGCACAGCCCAGCGGGCGGCUCCGC